GUUUUUUGUCAACUUCCCCUCGGCCAAGCAGUACUUCAGCCAGUUCAAGCACAUGGAGGACCCCUUGGAGAUGGAGAGGAGCUUGCAACUGCGUAAGCACGCUCGGCGGGUCAUGGGUGCUAUUAACACUGUGGUGGAGAACCUCAAUGACUCCGAAAAGGUCUCCUCUGUUCUGGCCCUGGUGGGCAAGGCCCAUGCCCUCAAGCACAAAGUGGAGCCCAUCUACUUUAAGAAACUCACUGGUGUCAUGCUGGAGGUCAUCGCUGAGGCCUAUGCCAACGACUUCACCCCGGAGGCCCACGGCGCCUGGGCCAAGAUGAGGACCCUCAUCUACACCCACGUGACGGCGGCCUACAAGGAGGUGGGCUGGGCUCAGUACCCCACCGCCCCCCUGUGA